GCGCAUGCGUGAAGCGUUCCUUUCCGCACGCGCUUCGCCGUUGUCAUGUCAACCAAUGUUGACAGCAAAAUUACUACUGAAAUCUGACAUCCAACAAUUGACGUUUAUCACGCAGAUAAAAAAACCCGCUUUACUAAAAUGUAUCUCUAGCUGCAGUCUAAGAUAUUAUCUCAUUAAAACAAAUUCAAGAGACAGGAACAAUGGCAGAAAUGCCGUCAAGCAGUGAAGGUGUUCCGGACACAGAGGGGGAAGGCAGCAGUGGCGGCGGCAGUAGAGUCGCUGUCUUCGGCGAAGAGAGGCGAGAAGGCUUCGGUGUUCAGGAGUGGCCCGACGGGUCAAAAUAUGAGGGCGAAUUUUUAGACGAUUUCAAACAUGGAAAAGGGCGUUACAGCUGGAAAAACGGCGAGUUCUAUGAGGGGUUUUUCUACAAGGACUUCAAACAUGGCGAUGGGGAGUACUACUGGCCCUCUGGCCACAAGUUCAUUGGCAAGUUCUACCUAAACAGAAAGGAAGGAUAUGGACAUUUAAAGUACCCAGGUGGAGCCAUCUUUCAGGGUUUGUACCAUAGUGACCACAGGCUUGGUCCCGGUGUUCUCACUUAUCCAGAUGGGAACCAGGAUGUGGGCCUGUGGAUCGGGGAGCGCCUGUUAAAACUCUGCUCCUCUUUAGAAGAAGGCUUUAGUCUGCUCAAUUUUCCAGAUUAUGCUGCAUUCAUGCAGUCUUAUGAUCGUGAGCAUUUUUCCAUUCAGUCAGACGUAGACGAAGAUCUGCUGUCAGACGAAAGCUUCAUCUAUCCACCCGGCAUCGAGAGGUACUCUACAGAUGGCGACCACUUGCCGCUUCCUCCUGGAAGGAAAAAAGAGUUGGAUCGAGUUUUUCAUGGUGAAAAGUGGAAGCCAGAAGCUCAUCCAUACCAGGGGUACAAAAGGGAUCCGCUCUCUGUGUUCCCUGUACACAUCCGCAUGAAGGCUAACAUACGCGAACACAGGCUGCAGACUAAAACUGUUGGCUGGAACGUCAAAGAACUCCUCUCUCUGAAAGGGGACAGCUUUGGGCCCAAAGGGCCUCUGGAGGUCAACUCAGAGCUGCUGAUUCAGCACAGCUUCAGAGGGGAGCUGCGCGCCGUGUCACAGAUCCUCCAAAACGCCGCCGUCUACCCGGAUGUAGCCGACGCACGGGGACAAACCGCGCUCAUCGCUGCAACCGUAAACGCCCAUAACGAUGUGAUCCAUCUGUUGCUGGAUAGCGGUGCUGAUAUUGACAAGAUGAACAACGAGGGAAUGAGCGCCCUGGCUGUGUGCCACGUCCUCUACUAUCCCUUUGACUCUCUGCUGUCCACUCUGAUCCAGCCGCCCACUGACACACCAGUAUCGAUGUCUCCGCCUGGUGAGACCAGCUCUCCGGUCGACCAGGCUGACAUCCCAUCGACGGACCUGGACAUCGAAUCACAGAUUACUGACAUGAACCAGGACCAGGAUCUGAACCAGAACCAGGACCAGGAUCUGAACCAGAACCAGGACCAGGAUCUGAACCAGAACCAGGACCAGGAUCUGAACCAGAACCAGGACCAGGAUCUGAACCAGAACCAGAACCAGGAUCUGAACCAGAACCAGGACCAGGAUCUGAACCAGAACCAGGACCAGGAUCUGAACCAGAAUAUGACGGACCAACGCAGCUCAAGCCAGCUCUCUGAGCAGGCAUCUGAAGAGCCGCCUGUACACGUCUCACAAGACCAAAAUGGCGAAAUCCCUGCUGACUCUGAGCAACUUCAGGAGGAGGAGCGGAAAGAGACGGGAACGGAUGAAAGCUACGACGCCACAGACAAAUCUGGAGACGAGCAGAGUGUUACAGAGGAUGUGGAAAGUGAGUUAGAGAAGCUAAAGGAUGAGCUCAACAGAGAUGUGGAGAAUUUAACAAAGAGUGAAAACAGAGAAAUCACCGUCGAAGAGUUGGGCGAACACAUUUCUCUGGGGAGUGAGCAGGAUGUCCCAGUCGAGGGCGAAGACCACGAUCUGACCCGGAAUCAGAUCCUUGACUCCACCUGUUACAUGUUCAGCAGCCACAUCGCUGAAUCAGAAGAGAUGCAGGAACAGUCAGCUGAGCUGCUGACUUUGUUUAGGCGACCCCCGCAAAGAGACUUAGAGGAGAUUAUACGCAAAAUGACUGUCGAGGAAAUCGAGCCCCGUGUUCGUUUAUCAACCCUGAUGCUGUUACUGGAUCGUGGAGCCGACCCCAACUGCUGCAGGGUCCCUCUGCCCGUCCUGUUUUUGUCUGUCAUGGCGGGCGACCCCGAGGUCGUCCAUAAAUUGCUCAUGUGUGGAGCUCGUACUGAUAUUCGCCUUCCAAUGCAUAUUAAAGGGUUUUAUCCCCUCCAUGUUGCUGCAGCGUUGCACGGUCCUGAAGGUGCACAAAUUACCGAAAUGCUUUUGCACGCUAUCACCGAACCCGAUUCUCGGGCUUGUGACCAGGAAGAGAUCUACCAACCGGAUCUGGCCUUCAUAAAGGAUAAAGAGUGGGUGAUUGAUGACAUGCAUCUGAGAGACGGGGGCCGAACUGCCCUGCACAUAGCCUGCCAGAGAGAUAAGGACUACUCGAAUGCCUGUAAAGUGGUGGAGCUCCUGCUUUCCCACAGAGCCAGGACCGAUCUCCUCUGGAGCGGACACUCUCCCCUCUCCUUGGCCAUAGCGAGCGGCAAUGACGCGGCAGUGGCGGAGAUCUUAAAGGCAGGCGCAGAUCCUAACUUACCUCUGGGCUGGAGGGUGGGCAGUGCUCUCUGCGCCCUCGCCAACUUCAACUACCGCUCAGGUGGCAACAGAGUCAAAGUGUUUGAGAUGUUAGCCGAUGCUGGUGCUAACAUCCUGAUGCAAGUUCCAGUGGGCGACGUGAUGGGAACCGCCAUCGACUUUGCGUACUUCUCCUUCCAGCUGGACGUACGUUUUGCUCACACUCCGUUACACGCCUUGAACAUGCAGGAGAGGGAUCUAUUAAAGAAAUGGCGCCAACUUCUGGCUCUAAUGGCGAAUCUGUUGAGGAAGAGUGCUGCUCUGAUGCAGAGGAAGUCUCUAGACAUGGAGCAAUUCCUUCAAAUGACUGCUCCAGAGGACCAGACCCCAAUCAAGCGUUUCGCUCCAGGAAAAUCACCACCCAAACCUGUGAAGCCGCCGUCGUUGAAGUUCUGCUAUUACUGCGGCCGCUCUGUGUUUAUGAAGCUGACGGUUUGUGGCCGUUGCCAGAGGGUGUACUUCUGCUCCAAGUCCUGCAAAAUGAAAGCCUGGGAUGAAAUUCACAAGGAGGAGUGUCUCCAGAUGGCAGCCUAUCUCGAUGCCCAUCAGAAGAGGUUUUCAUGUAAACCCCGCAAACCGAGAACCGUAACUAUCAUCAGAUACAAGCCGGAGCCGCCCAAACCGCUCACCAAGGCGGAGCAGGACAUGGCGAACCAGAUCUACCUGAAGGAAAACUACAGUCUCAACUGACGGGUUUUAAAGCUUACAUGUCCUCUUUCUUUGAUUUUUGUCCCCCAUAAUUUUCAAAAUGUCAAACCAAAGAAAUGCACAAUCUCAGGACUAAGCCAUUUUUGUAUUUAUUCUAUUUUUUAAGACAUGUUGGUCUUGAUGUGGCUUUGUUUCACCUCUGUUAUAAAUUUCUGUUAAAUGUUGGGAAGUAAGGGAAUGUCAUUAUUUCUGCAGAGGAGAGGGGGUAUAAGUGUUGCAAUCAGAUCUUUCCUAUUGUGAUAAUAAAAAAAAUUGUACAUUUA